AUGUUGCCAUGUUUGCGCCAGAUAAACAUCCCUGAAUUGUGCGCUGCGGUUUGCAGUGGAUGCAGGAUGCGGGGAUGUUUGUCUCCUCUCUGAAGAGGAGGGGAGUGCGCCCUGACUGACGUCAGCUUGUUUCGUGCAGACGGACAAUGAGCAGCUGUGUGUACAAAUUUACAGAAUAAACCCGGGCCUGAAAUCCCGGCAUCGCUGCUGCUGCUAUUUAUGCAUCGAUAGAAGAGAUGCGACGCUGCUGUUUCUGCAUGCUGCCUUUUUCGCUCAGGAGUCGUGACGCGCGAGCUGCAGAUGACGCUCCUCGCGCAGCAGGGGAAGCCCGAACUGCAGGGAAGGGGGCGCCAUUUUUACACCAAUAUGUAAACAUUUAAGGCCAGAUAUGCUGUAAUUAAUGGCAGUGUAAUAAUAUAUAUAUUUACAGAAAAGCUUCCCGAUACUGAAACAUACUACACAGAUCUGAUCUAGUCUUUUUUGUUCAGAGUAUUUUUAAAUGUAUAGCGAGUAUAAAUAAAAUAAAAUUCAAAACAGAGAUCCUUCUGGCUUGAAUGAGAACUACCUCUAUCUCACAGUUUUUCCAAAUAAUAGAAAAAUAGAUUGAUGGGUAUUGAGUAGUUAAUAUCUUAUAUUAAUAUUUAAAUGCAGUUAUGUGGCAUAGGUCUAUAUCUACAACGUUCACAAUCUAAAGAGUCAUUUUAUUAUCAGGCCAGCCAAAUAAAAAAGCCACAAAUAUCUUGGGACAUUUUGAAAAUAACUACUUAGAAAAUGUGUUGUAAUUUGUAACCACCAUUUUAUUUCUUUUUAGGAAUUAAAAUAAAGAUAAACACAAUUUAGUUAAAGGAAGAUGUAAAAAAUAAAAUAAAUCCAACCUGAUAUGAAGCAGGUCUGCACUAGAAGUAGCGUCAUUCUUUGUAAUUUAAUGCAAAUAUAAGAAAAGAAGUGAAAAUCCAUUUUAAAAAACUGAGCUUGUUACUAAUUUAGAAACAAAUGCUGGUUCUUUUUCAUGUUGUUAGAAGCCAUUGUGAAAAGUCCAAAAGCUAAUAAAUUUGCCUCCAUAUAAAUUAAUCUAUAAACGUCAAUUAAUUUUAAAAUUUAAAUAAGGGUCAAAAAUAUGCAAGAAAAAAAAACAAGGAAAUUCUUUAGAUUAAUAUAUAAAAAUUUUCUAGCAAAAUCAUGGAUAAUUUUGGAUUUCAAAAGUCGGACAUUUUUAGAUUAAUUUGAUUUUUUUUCAGCAGAUUUUCGCCUCUUCAAUCUCAGAAACGUCCUUAAUUUUUCUAGAAAGUUUCUGAGUCAAAUGUUCAACUUUUCAAGCUCAAAAAUGUUAAAUGUUUCUGGAAAAUUUCUGAGAUUAAUCUGAAUUUUUGGGUGAAAAUGUUGUCCUUUUUUCUACAAUGGUCCCAGUAUGUCUUCAUAUUUUCCCCAGGUCUUCUUAAAAAUGGAGGGCAAACAUUUCGGCUCCUCUGGGGAAUACCUGGACCGCCUCAUCCAGAACCGAGACUCAUCGGUGGUGAACAAGUUCCAGAAGAAGUACUGGAAAACCAAGCAGACGCUCAUCAAAGUCACCGGGAAGAAAGAGGACGAACACGUGGUGGCGUCAGACGCAGAGCUGGACGCCAAGCUGGAGGUCUUCCACUCCAUCCAGAGAACAUGCAUGGAGCUGCUAAAGGUCAUUGAGCAGUACCAGAGGAGGAUCUGCUUCCUUUCUCAGGAGGAAAACGAGUUGGGUCGUUUCCUUCGCUCCCAGGGGUCGCAGGAUAAAAGCCGGGCUGGGAAGAUCAUGCAGGCGACAGGGAAAGCUCUCUGCUUCUCCUCCCAGCAGAGGCUGGCUCUGAGGAAACCUCUGUGCCGUCUGUACCAGGAGAUUGAGACUUUCCGUUACCGGGCCAUCUCUGACACGUGGCUGACGGUGAAUCGGAUGGAGCAGUCCCGGACCGAGUACCGCGGAGCCUUGCUUUGGAUGAAGGACGUCUCUCAGGAGCUUGAUCCGGACACGCACAAACAGAUGGAGAAAUUUCGCAAGGUUCAGGCUCAGGUCCGGACGACCAAAAGCAGCUUCGACAAGUUAAAGAACGACGUCUGCCAGAAGGUUGACCUGCUGGGGGCGAGCCGCUGCAACCUCCUCUCACACGUUCUGACCACAUACCAGACGACUCUUUUGCACUUCUGGGGGAAAACGUCUCACACCAUGGCAGCCAUACACGAGAGCUUUAAGGGCUGCCAGCAUAAUGAGGUUUCCACAGCGAAGGAUUCCACGGACAAAAAUAUGGAGAAGAAAACAUCGGAAAGGGAAACAGAGGAGAGAAGAAAUGAGACAACUAAUGACCAACUAAUCUCAUUAGGACAUGAAGAAAAAAGUGAAAAGAUGAGAGAAGAGUUGGAUGGUGAGGAGGACAGCUUGGCUCUGCUCAAUGAGAUCCUGGGCGGUUUGUUUGUGGACGAUUUUUCCCAGGAAUGGACCAAAGGGUCUGGAGACACGGAGGCGAGUGCCGGUCCAUCUGACACCCAGCAGCAGGAAAACUCGUUCUUUUUGCCGUCACAGCUUUUGGAUCAAAGCUUGAACAAGUCUUCUGCCUCAGACUGGACCGGGAUCGUCCCACAGCCGGACUUAUCACCUGGAUCUGGACAGAACCCUAUAAAGCCAGCGGUGAAAGAAACAAGCGGACCAUCCAAAGACCUGUCAGCGUGGUUCAACCUGUUCGCUGACCUGGACCCUCUCUCCAAUCCAGAUGCAAUCGGAGCAGCCAACAGAGAAAACGAGCUUCACACAGCAUAGUUCUUCCUGAGCAGCGUGACACAUUUAGAAACUACAUCCAUCUGUUUGGCUUCAGCUAUAAACUGUUUCCAGUAUGAUGAUAAACACUCAUCAGAGGCUGGAAGGCUGGAUUUUUAAACUUCUUCCAAACGCCGUAAGAAAAUAAAACAAUCAAGUCAGAACAAGUUACCAUAUAUAAAAUCAAUCACAAAUACUAGAUUAUAACAAAACAUAAUGCACCAAAUGUGUUGCUCUAAUAGCUGCGUUUCCAUUGACUAUAUAAUUUCGAAAACAGAUUCACUUAAUGGAAACGUCAAUUUAGAAAAAAAUACGUUAUUGAUUGAAAGUUUUGAUGUUAGGUGGUUUGAAAUUGGUUUAUUGCUCAAAACUAAAUUUGAAACUUUUUUUUUUUUGCAUUAUACACGAGUCACAUGAUCAACAAUUGGAUGUUACUACUGGCAGAAACCACAAAGAAGACAGGAAGUGACAUGAGGAAGAUGCCUCGGCAUUUGUUUAAAUGAAUUAUUAUGUGAACAAACGUGAUUUAACUGCAUUUCUUAUUUAGUAGAAAUUGCAAAAUUGUGUUUUUCUUUUAUAUUAGCAAACUAUUAAAGUUUUGUGCACAUUUGAAAACAGGAGAUUGUCUUGAGGAAUAUUCCCCAUGAAACUUAACCCUCCAUUGCUGUUGUCAUAACUCUUAUAGAUGAAAUUCUGCAAUUAUUCUUCAAUUAAAAAGUUAAUGAUCUAAUUAUUAAAUAUUUGAAAUUACAUAGUGCAACUUUUAAGCAUUAUUUUGUGUCUUAAUUUGUAUAACUUUCAACAAAUAAAAACAAAAUGUUGACUUGAUUAGGGAAUAUUGUCAUAUAAAGGUGAAAAAAUGUAAAAUAUUUAAAAAAGGCUCACCUACUGAAAAUUUUAGCAAAAAGAAGUGAGAGAAUCCAGCCUUCAUCAGAACUCGGCUGUAUUUUACAGCUGUAAAAGUUAAAAACUGGUCACAGAAAGUUGGUAUUUUGGUUCUUUUUAACCUUUAUUACAAAACUUUAACUUUAGUAAUUGUUUGGAGAUUUUAAUCUAGAUUUAAACCUGGUGGAAUAUUUAGGAAGUGUUUAAGAUAAUUUAAGUUUCACAAGGGAUUUUAUUAAAACGGCGACUCAUGUUGCCAUCAGAUGCAAAA